AUGAUUGCAUUUAAUAAGUUGCCAGUGCGUUUACUUUCAAACAGUUUGAAAUGUUGUGAUACCAAGCUCAACAAGGUGAAUACCUUGUGUCACUGGCCAGUUCUGAGUCAAGUCUGCAGAUCAGAGCCUGCAAAGAGCACUCAUGAUGUAAUGACUCAUUGUAGUUUGUGGCUGCGUACACAACACAAAGUGGUAUGGUCACAGGCAGCAUUUCACAGAAGCUUUGUGUCGGACAGUCAGCCUGCAACAGAAGAGUCUGCAGAGACAGCUCCAAAUUUUGUCUCAAAACCAAUGAGAAGAGACAGGCAGGAGAAGCAGCAGCUGUUCCGUCAGAUGAUCUGCAAUAAAGGGAAUACACCUUGGACAGAUGAUGAUUGGCUGCAACUAGCUGAUAGUCUGUCUUUAACAGGCCAAGAAUCAUGGGAAGUUAUAUGUAUGCAUACCUUGUAUGUGGAUAAAAAUAUUUCCCUGGGUCAAAACCUCAUGUCUUAUAUAGAGAGGCAGGGAAAGACUCCAAGUUUAGUGGUGGUGACAUUCUACAUUGGCCUUCUUGGAGAAAGCUGUGCAGGUUUCGAUGAGGAGAUCCACAAGUACUACCAGUAUCUGUUGUCCAGGAGCAGUGUUUUAGAUGCUGCAUCCAUUGAGGUGCUGAUCACUGGCUUGUCUGGGAGCAAAUAUUACCGGCAAUGUCUGCAGCUCCUGGAGACUGUCAGAGAGACCAGCAACCCCAGCAGCGCCAGUUUAAUCAGAAUCCUUAGAGCCGGCCUCAGAAACCAGGACAUUGAUGUUUGCCAGGCAGCACUGUCACAGAUUGAACAGUGGAUUGAUCCUACUGGAGUUACCAUUUAUUUGCCAAAGGUAAUAGAAGAGGGCCUUUCUGGCAACAGCCAGGCAUGUCUGGAGAUGGUGAUGAACUUCAUGCAGAAGCACAAGCUUGUGUUGAAGAGAGCUGAGCUGGAGGAAGUAGUUCAAGCAUUUCACAGGUAUCAGCCUAAUCAGUGGACAGCCAACUAUGGCUUUAUUAAUCACCACAAAGGUCACUGCAGUAUCUGUGGACAUCAGAUGAAGAGGUCAGAGGUUGACUCCAGUGACUUCCAUUCAAUCCAGUCAAUCUUUCUGGAUCAGGUGAUUGUAGGAAACAAUGUCUUCUUUAAAUCCAGCCCAGAGGAGGUUGACUUCUUUGUGAAAUUUGUGGAGAAAACGGGCCCCUUUGAUGUGGUCAUUGAUGGCUUGAAUGUGAUGUACCGGGGCUGCCAUGGCAAGUCAGACCCCAGACAGCUGGCGAAGGUAGUGGAGUAUUUUACUCUGCAAGGGAAAAAAGUCUUGGUUUUGGGCACUCGUAUGCUUACAGGCUACACAAAUCUUAUCAGAAAGUUGAAGGACAAGCCAGUUGUUUACAUGACCUCUACCACAAAAUGUGACGAUGCCUUCUUCCUGUAUGCGGCCCUGCGCAGUGGUAAACACACACUGGUGGUGUCCAGUGACAAACUGCGUGAUCACAAGUUUCUACUGAAACCCAGCCUGCGGCCCGUCUUUUAUCAGUGGAUCUUGUCGGCUCAAGUCUAUGACUGGUUUAUUUCCAAGUCUGGAGAGUUUAUUAUUGGAAAGCGACACCUGUAUGAGACAGGACCAGCCAAGGAUGAUGGUGGCUGGCAUUUACCAGAGAAUGACGUCACUGCUGCUAACCCAUUUGGUAGGCUCAGCAUCUUGUGUCUCAGAAACAAAAUAGACCCCUUGGGUUCCCAUGACACCGACACAAACACCAAGUCUUCUAGACAGACAGCUUUGGCAGAGCCUCUCAGACAGACAGCUUUGGCUGGACCUGGCUCGAGCCCACCCAGGCAUACACACAACAGACUCUCUGUUACCUGGCCAGGCAAGGAGCGGACAGGCAAAACAGGGUCCGGUACCCAAGCCAGCACUAGGAAUAAGAAGGAAUGGUUUGAUAACUAG